GAAGUGUGAUGUCGCAAAAUGUUUAGGUCUUUGAUUAAUGCUGCCAAAGUUGCAAGGCCCGAGAGCUUGUCUUUGGUGGGCGCUUUCCGGGCUCUGCACGUUUCUCCAGUCGUGAUGGCGGAACCGAUGAAGAAAAAGAAGCGAUUGGAUCCUGCGAUUGUCCGCGCCAGAGAAGAGCGCAAGAAGAAAAAGCUCGAGAAGGCUAUUAGAAAAUUAGAGAAACACGCUAAGCAACUUAAACCCAUUGAGGAAAUGGAAGUCCCUUACCGUCUACGAACAGAAAUCCCAAUGCGAACGAGGAAGUUGCCACCAAUGACAGCCGAAGAAUUGGAAAAUCGAAUUGAAACUUUAAAAGAGUGGGCCCGUCAUAGAGGGAAAGUUGCGAUUGCAGAAGCCAGCUGGAUUGAGAAGAUGGUACAAGCUCAAGAUAAAGCAUUGCAGGAAUUACGGAAGGAAAGCGAAGAAUUGUACCAAGCAGCCAUACAGAUCGAUCCCGAAUUACUUCCGUACCGGACCAAAGGCUGUGUUGAAUCGGCGCCUAUUUCGAACUAUGAACCUGCGGAUGGUUACAUUCACGAUGUCUCGAGGAAGUGGACUUCAUAACGUCAGCCUUCGCUUCUGUAGUGAAAAAGGAAAUGCGAAUGCUUUAGUGCAAUCUGAACUUGUUGAUUCUACGUUGUUUUUAAUUUCCGUGCGAUGGAAAUGAACCAGGAAGAUUCUGGGAA